AUGUUCGUCUCUCUACAUGCAAUCUACCGCGCUGCCUCCGCGGCCAGCGGAAGCACAGCAAGGUCAUUUAUUGCUAAGCCUCAAGCCGCGAACUCACAAUUGAGCCAAAUCACACGAGUGCUGGGCAGCCAGCUCUGGGCUUCGCAACGACGACUCUUCACUGACGAAGCCAGAGAUGCUGUGUCCGAAGAGAGGAAACCCUUUGUCAGGCCUAUAUCUAAGCGUUCAUUCGGCCUUCCACCUACCCGCCCUAGCCCUGAGCCAAAAUCCACAGUCUAUGUCGGUAACAUCUUGUUCGACAUCACUGCAGCCGAUUUGAAGGAAUACGCCAGCAAGUAUGGAAAGGUUGUGGGCUCUCGCAUUAUUUAUGACAGCCGUGGUCUAAGCAGAGGAUUCGGUUAUGUCAAAUUUGAGAAUAUCGAGGAAGCUAAAAAGGCUGUCAACGACAUGCAUCUUAGCGAAUUUGAAGGCCGCAAACUGAGCGUCAACUAUGCACAGAUGGACUUGAAGGAGGAAACACCACAAAGGACCAUAGAGCCAACUCGUACCGUCUUUGUUGGCAACAUCGCUCAUCAAAUCACUGAUCGUGACCUUCACGAACUCUUCGACUCUAUUCCCAAUGUCUUCGAUGUCCGCGUUGCUGUUGACCGUAGAACCGGCAUGCCAAGAGGGUUUGCUCAUGCCGAGUUUACUGAUGUCGAGAGUGCUAUUGCUGGCUUUGAGGCAUUGAAGGGCAAGGCUCCGUAUGGCCGCCCACUCCGAUUGGACUAUAGCCAUAGCACCAGACGCCCAGGGGAGACCGACAACUCCAGAGCCCCGGCCAACUCUGCAGAAGGCGAGUCAGCAGCCCAGACAGAAGCCCAGCCACAAACCCAGCAAGAAGUGGCUCAAGAGGCCCAGCAAGAAGCCAAUGCAACCCCUUCUGAAGAUGCCACCCCUAAGGCCGCUCAGAUCUAA